AGUCCACUCAGCGGAAAACAUCCCGAUCCGACCUGUUUAUCAAAGUCCUGCAAAAUUCUGGCCUCUUCCAGGAGAGAGAGAGAGAGAGAGAGAGAGAGAGAGAGAGAGAGAGAGAGAGAGAGAGAGAGAGAGAGAGAGAGAGAGAGAGAGAGAGAGAGAGUUUACGGCCAACGCUGGACUGGAUCCCCACCGUUUUUCACACCAAACUCGGAUUACGCGGACCGAGCCCGCCCGCCCGGACGCUUCUUAACGAUUUGCUGCCUAAAUAAACGGAGCUGUGUGGCGGGAUCCUCCCUGCGGACGGUACAUCUGCGGUGAAGACUGUGUGGGGUCCUCAUCUCCAUCUUCGUCCUCUGAGGGGCUGCGCAGUCGACGAGGCAACUAGCUAGACGAGGAUGUGUAAGUGCUGAGCCAGUCUGCUGAGUCGACCUCCCUGCCCCUGCAACGCGGAGCUGCUGUCUGGUUCGCCUCUGUCUGUCUACUCGUCCGGAGAGGUUCGUCCCGCAUCAUGUCAACACAAGUGGAGAACAGCGUGCCUGUCCCUGCUGAUGACCCCCAGAAAGCCCCCACUUCUCCGACGUCCGCCUCCACCAGCCCUCCCACCUCUCCCACCACAGCCACAUCUAAGACCCCCUUCAGGAAAGAGAAGAAAAAAGUUCCAGAGAAGACGGAUGAAUACCUGCUGGCCAGGUUUCAAGGAGACGGUGUGAGGUACAAGGCCAAGCUCAUUGGUAUAGAUGAUGUCCCAGAAGCAAGAGGAGACAAGAUGAGCCAGGACUCCAUGAUGAAACUAAAGGGCAUGGCUGUAGCAGCAAGAUCCCAAGGUAAACACAAACAGAGGAUCUGGGUCAACAUUUCCCUGUCAGGCAUCAAGAUUAUUGAUGAGAAAUCAGGAGUGAUUGAACAUGAACAUGUGGUGAAUAAGAUCUCCUUCAUUGCUAGAGACGUGACAGAUAACAGGGCGUUUGGUUAUGUAUGUGGAGCUGAAGGCCAGCAUCAGUUCUUUGCCAUUAAGACAGCACAACAGGCAGAACCAAUGGUCAUCGAUUUAAAAGAUCUAUUCCAUGUCAUCUUCAACAUGAGGAAGAAAGAGGCCGAGACCUCACAGAAGGGGGAAAAUUGCAGCGUUGCAGUGGAGAAUGGAAGUGACAAUUUGCUGAGUCUUGACAGUAAAGAAACAACCGCUAAACAAGUAGAGCAAUUUGACCUUUUCGGUGACAUGUCGACUCCGCCAGACAUCCAUCAUCCGACAGGGUCUAACGAUAUUCUCUUGCUGGACUUGUCCGCAGAAGUUGACAGCAAUCAGAAUUGUAUAAAGGGAAACCCAUUUGUCUCAUCCUGUUCCUGUAACCCCUGGGCAUUUCCCCAAACAGAGAACCCCUUUUCCUCAACAUUUGGCUUCUUUCCAACCCCAGACAGUGACCCUUUCAGAGAUGACCCCCUUUCCAAAUCAACUCCGCAGAAAGCAUCCCAUAAUUCACAGAUCUCCCCUACGGCCACUAAUCAAAGCCCCGAGAGCACUGUGUCCACCGCUAGUAAGACAAUGAAUGGUGGUCUUAACGGAGACCAUGACCACACCAGUCAGCAGAUGAAUGGGCUAUCAAGUAAGACCGUAAUCCUAGCCCUUAGUAAUGGUCAGUGGCCACUAGGGGGCAGGAUUGCUCAUGUGAACAAGAUAACCAUGGGGGAGGAAAACGAAUUUGGAUCAGUUCUUUCAAUCCACAAUCCUUUCCUAAACGAAUCUAUGAAAAACGGUCCCGAUUUUAACGGACAGACAUGUGACCCACAAGCCUCAGUGACUCAUUGCAAGGACUCAGUUCUCAUUAGCCCACCUCCGCAGAACUCUAAGGCUGGACGAGGUCGAAGGAGUGCAAAGUCUACAACCAAUGAUCUGUUCGGGGCAGACCUGUUUGCUGCUCCAGGCCAGAAUGAAGGAUUAUCUGAUCCAGCUGAACUGUUUACCAAUACACCUGCUUGCUCUACUGCCUCCUCCAUAGCUGCUCUGGAUAAUCUCCACCUAGGUUCCCAGACUACCUCCACAGUCUCUGGUUCAGGCAUGUGGGGAACCCCUGCCCCUGUAAACCCAUUGUUCUCGCUGCCAGGAGGCAUCAGCCGAAUGCCACUCCCGGGUGCUCAGCCCCCUUUUCCCCAGCCAUCUGCAUUUGGCGCCCUGCCUAUACCACCACCAGCAUGGAAUCAGCAGGUGCCAUCUCAGUUUGGUGUACCAUCAGUCUCCCAGGCCUGGGGUGUGACUCCACAGACCGGGCCAGUUGGAACUCCAGGCUGGGGUCAACCCCUCAUGGCCAACCCUUUCCAAUCUGGCCAGUUUCCCGUAAUGGGUGACCAGCAGGGUCCUCCAAGACCUCCUCCCAGGCCACCUGUGAAAGAGGCCCCUCAAAAGGUAGAGAACAAUGCUUUUACUGCUCUGGACCCCCUUGGGGAGAAGGCGAAGAAGACUGGAAAGGACAUGUUCAAAGACUUCCAGAUUGCCAAGCCCCCUGCCAUACCAGCAAGAAAAGGGGAGCAAGGGACCAACCCUGCUUCAGUUGCCAGCAGCAACGGAGGAGGGGCAUUCGACCAGUACUUUUCCAGUAAAGUGGGGUUGCCUCAGGAAGUGGCAGACCAUGACGACUUUGACAUCAAUCAGAUCUCUGCUGUUGCCAAUGAGGUUCCCAAACCGGCCCCUGCUCCUGCUGCUGUUCCUUCUCCAAGCCCUAACGCCGGCCUCUUAGAUGCUGCCUUCUUCUGCACUCCUGUCACAACCUCAGCUCCAGCCCCAGCACAAGGCCUGAACCAGAACAUAUUUGAUGAGGCAUUUGGGGCUCCAAUUUCCAAUCCAUUUGAAACAAAACCCAUUGCUAUGAACACUCCUGUUGGACAGACUUCUGGCUCUGCAGAUAAUUUUGGAGACAUUUUUGGAAAUCCUUUUGCUUGAUCAAAAGUUUCUGUGAGCGCAGUUGAUGGCUACUGAUUUAUCCACAUAUCCUUCCAUAUAUCUAUAUGCUAAACAUGUCUAAAUCUACAUGAAUAGUGUUAUUUUCAUUAUUCUUUUUUGGCACGGGAUGUUUGAAUUGAGUAGCAAAGAUCAUCGCCAUCAAAUAACAUCUUGGGGACACCCAUCCAGCCAUUAUCCAAACCGCUUAUCCUGUUUUCAGGGUUGCGGGGAUGCUGGAGCCUAUCCCAGCAGUCACUGGGCGGCAGGCGGGGAGACACCUUGGAGGACAUGCUACCACAAAAUGCACAAGACAAUCCAAAUGAUCAACUUUUCUAACUCUGUCCCUGCACCCUCAAAUCCUGCUCUGUAAAACCCUUACUUUAACGACACACUCCUACUAUUGCUAUAGCAUUUUUUCUUCUUCUGUUCAAUCAGAUGUCUUACUAUUUCAGAACACCACUGAAUUCGAUGUAAAAUGAAAUUCUAUGCCACGAUCUGCUGGAGGAAUAAAUAUUGGAUCAAGGCAGGAUAGUGGACAUGUCUUAAGAUGUUAAGACUGAUAUUGUCUAAUGAACAGAAAAAAAUAAAACCGUACAGUUCUGGAGUUGCAAUAGGGUUAUAAUUUCUGGAAGGCUUUUAUGAUUGUUAUAUGCUUUGUGCUUGUAAAACCCUCUGAUCUUUUUUUUUUCUUUUCCUGUUUUUGCCUUUGAAUAAACAAUUGCAAUUCAAA